UCCGCGGCGGACGGAGCGGAAGUGCUGGUUGCAGCGUCCCGAGCCGACCGUAGCGCGGCCCGCCGCCUGCUCCGUCCUCCUUCCCGCGGCCCUGACGGAAACCGUGGCUCGGCCGCGGCGGCGCUGCGAGUUACAGAAUGUCCGAAGGGGACAGUGUUGGCGAUUCCGUCCAUGGGAAGCCCUCUGUGGUGUACAGGUUUUUCACGAGACUUGGACAGAUCUACCAGUCCUGGCUGGACAAGUCUACCCCUUACACAGCAGUGCGAUGGGUCGUGACGCUGGGGCUGAGCUUCGUCUACAUGAUCAGAGUUUACCUAUUGCAGGGCUGGUACAUCGUGACCUACGCCUUGGGAAUCUACCACCUAAACCUUUUCAUAGCUUUUCUUUCUCCAAAAGUGGACCCUUCCCUAAUGGAAGAUUCAGAUGACGGUCCCUCCUUGCCGACCAAGCAGAACGAGGAGUUCCGGCCUUUCAUCCGAAGGCUGCCAGAGUUCAAAUUUUGGCACGCAGCCACCAAGGGCAUCCUGGUGGCCAUGGUCUGCACGUUCUUUGAGGCAUUCAACGUGCCGGUGUUCUGGCCCAUCCUGGUGAUGUACUUCAUCAUGCUUUUCUGCAUCACGAUGAAGAGGCAGAUAAAGCACAUGAUAAAAUACCGAUAUAUCCCAUUCACACACGGCAAGAGGAAAUACAAAGGGAAGGAAGACGUGGGGAAGACGUUUGCUAGUUAGAAGCUGGACUGAAUCUAUCACCCGUAUCUCAAGAACGGUUUUGAGCCAUUGUAACAAUGCCUUUUUUCUUCACAUAAAGUAGUUGAUUAUGAGGGAGUCGAAUUUUCUUUUUAAAAAGGAGCUUCAAUUAUUUGUAUCAGAAAUAUCAGGUUCUUGAAGAAACUGGCAUUUAAACCAAAUUGCAUUGAUUUAUUUUUCAGUGACGUUUAAGUGUUUCAUACUGGCAAAGCCCUAGUAAGCCUGGGCAUGGAAGACAGUCUGUGGGGGGACUGGUGGGUGGGUGGUGGUGGCCGCCUCACCGCAGUCCUAGGCGCCCUACAAGGCUGUGAGUGUAGGGGACAGCGAGGCCUGUGCGAAGGGACCCACGUUCUCCAGGACGCCUGCAGGUGGGGUGUGUAUGCCCCAGGCCACGUCAGACCCCUGCGUAGGAGGGUGAUGCUCGCCUGAUGUCGACCGUCUGGAAGAGCCUCACAAAUUACAGACGACUUCCAGUAACUGUGGGUUUCAUGCCAGUUUCCUAAUUCCACCUCACCAAAGUGUUCAAAUCAGCCUUCAUCAUGAUGACUCAAAACUCUGUUCUUACUGCCGUGAUUGCUUCUGAGGGCCUGGGGUGACAAAUAUAUAUAUUAUAUUUUAAUCGUUUGAGAUUAUUUUGACAUAUUUCUUUAAUAUGUAAAGAGUUGUUUUGUUUUUUGAUUAAUUUAAAUUUGUUUUCACGCAACAGCCCCUUUAAAGAAACAACAAAACUGGUGACAUCAGACUGGUUCUGUGGGUUUUAACGCACAGCUUCUCAUUUUCUAUGGGGAACUAGAACUCUGACCUACCUGCAUGUCAACUUUUUUCAUGUGAUAAAAAAGCAAACAAACUCUUCAACCUUUUACUAAGUGACUUUUUAAUCCAGCUUUAUUAAAGACAGUAUCCCUUU